GGGAGUGGGGAGGGGGAUAAGGAAGAAAAGAAGAACGGCAUGGAAGAGGGAGAGAAACCCUUCCCUGCAAAAUUCCUUUCAGCAAAAAGAAGUGGGGAAGGAUGCUGAUGGUCCUGCACAGCCCCAGAGCUGUGUUGCACCCAAAGCACCGCGCUCAGGGAUGGCUGCUCGACUUCCAGCUGUGCCCCCCAGCUUUUCCACUGGUGUCACUGCUGGGAGAAAGCCUGUGCCAUUGCCCGCUGUGGAGAGCUCAGAGCAUGUUGCUGAGGGGCAGCCCCCGGCGGUUUCUGGAGCACCAUCUUCUCUUUGUGGAGAACGCAGAGCAGCAGUACCCAGCUCGGGAGUCGCUCCCGAAUCCAUUCAUGACUGAGGAACCCUCCGUCCCUGCCAAGCCAGACCUGCCUUCAUCCAACCACACCAACGCGACGGACUGCGGCGAGGAGAUCCUGCUCUAUGGGGACACUGAGAAGAUCGUCAUUGGAGCUGUGCUCUCCAUCAUCAUCCUCAUGACCAUCGCAGGCAACGGUCUGGUCAUCAUCUCUGUCUGCAUUGUCAAGAAGCUCCGGCAGCCAUCCAACUACCUGGUGGUGUCCCUCGCUGCCGCUGACCUUUCGGUGGCCUUUGCUGUCAUGCCCUUUGUGACCAUCACGGACCUGGUGGGGGGAGAGUGGCUCUUUGGGAAGGUGUUUUGCAACGUGUUCAUCGCCAUGGAUGUCAUGUGCUGCACUGCCUCCAUCAUGACCCUGUGCAUCAUCAGCGUGGACAGGUACCUGGGGAUCACUCGGCCACUGACGUAUCCCGUGAGACAAAACGGGAAGCUGAUGGCCAAGAUGGUCUUCAUCGUUUGGCUCCUGUCCGCCUCCAUCACGCUUCCUCCUCUUUUUGGCUGGGCUAAGAACGUCACCGUGGAAAGAGUCUGCCUGAUCAGCCAGGACUUUGGGUACACGGUCUAUUCCACAGGGGUCGCCUUUUACAUCCCCAUGGCGGUCAUGCUCGUCAUGUACAGCCGGAUCUACAAAGCUGCCAAGGUGAGCGCUGAGAAGCACCGCUUCAUGAACUUCUCCAAGCACUACGAAGAGGAGGGUGUCUACUGCCUGGAGGCCUCCAGCCGCGGCCAUCCCAGCUCCAAGCGCACCAAGGCGGUGGAGGAAUGUGCCACUCUCUCCAAACUGCUCCGGCAAGACCGGAAGAAUAUUUCCAUCUUCAAACGGGAACAAAAAGCAGCCAGGACCCUUGGUAUAAUCGUGGGGGCUUUUACAUUUUGUUGGCUGCCGUUCUUCCUUAUGUCAACGGCUCGGCCUUUUAUCUGUGGUAUACACUGCAGCUGCCUGCCCCUGAGGCUGGAGAGGACUCUGCUCUGGUUGGGAUACACCAACUCCCUCAUCAAUCCCUUAAUUUAUGCUUUCUUUAACCGAGACUUGAGGACUACCUUCUGGAACCUUCUGAGGUGCAGGUACAGGAAUAUCAACAGGAGACUUUCUGCCGCCAGCAUGCACGAGGCCCUGAAAGCCACAGAGAGACACGAAUGCAUCCUGUAGAGCUGUGUCCUCCAAUUCAGUGCCUGACCAGCAAACUCCUGCCCCUCCAUUUCAGGUUCCUUGCUUCUCCUGCCUCUUGGGGUGGCAGAAACUGUGGGUGCUGUUGCCCACUGCCAGACAUUGCCACUGAGAGUGACACUUUUCCCCUCUCUCCUGGAGGAGAUGCAGUUCUCCCCCAAGAGAACCAAGCAAACAGCCAUUCCACCAUGUCCCAGGUGGGAGUUGAGCAGCUGAGAGAGAGACUGGGGGUUUCAAGGUCUACCACCAACUGUGGGCAAAUCACACCACCUUUCUGUGCCUCAGUUUCCCCACCUGUUAAAUAAAUAAAUAAAUAAAUAAAAAAGAGAGGAAAGAAAAAGCAACCCCCCAACCGAACAAAAAAAUCUCAAUGGGACUGUGGCUCUCCACCUUCAAAAAGGGCUCUAAGGUCGGUGGAAAGCACAUAAUAUGCCAUGUAAAGAUGAUGCUGACUGCAGUUCUCUAUCAGAUACAACAGCAGUUAUAGGCUACAUUGUAGAUCCAAGCACUCAUGCCAUCCCAGCUUAUACGAACUUUUUCCACCGGUGUAAAUGCAGUCUUCACACUGAGCUCAUGUCCAGGUUUGCACGCCAGAGCAGUAACACCAAUGACCCUCUUUCCCCUCACACUGUAGCACUGCAGCAUUUGAAAGAGGCACACUUGCAGGAUGAAACACGAACAUGCAGUUUCCUUUAUGGUUGGAUAGGAAAAUCUGAUGCCAUCCCCAUCAUGGGGAUAACCAGUGAGCAAAGAUGGGUAUGUUUAUUGGGGUGUACUGUAAUUCAUUCUCAGACAAGUGAUGUGUGUUCAUAAUCUGUGGCUAAUUGACUCCAUGAAAGCACGCUUUGGUUGACAACAGAAAAAAAAAGUAUAUAAUUUCUCUGACAGCUUUACAGUGCUUCAGUACGAUGUCCAGCAAGCUUGAAAAAAUACACUAAAAUUGAUGUAUCUUUUUUAAAAAAUACAUAUACAAGACUGGUUUCUUUAUUUUGGUGUAAUUUCUUAGGGUAU